AAUAAAUUAAUUUUCAUUUCCAAAACAAAAUGUCUGGAGAUUUUGAAGAUUUAUACGGAGAUCUGGGUGAACUUGACGAAGAGAGUCAUAAAGAUUCAGACAGUAAUCAUAACUCAUCCCCAAGUUACAUCUUAAUAAAGUUGCAGGACAUGAACUCCUUAGAAGGGAUCAUAAAUGGACAGGCGGUGUCCCUCCCAGUUGCCCAGAGGGAGAAGAUUUCCUAUAUCUUUGAUAAGAAUAGACAAACUUUGGUCUUCUUUAUGACCAAAAUUGGUGAUACCUCCAUAAACUAUGAAAAAUAUUUAGCAAGAGACAGGGCUAUUAACUACAAUAUUCCAUGUAUCACAGGCUUCGCAACCGUGCAGGAGAAGACCAAGAGCCAUGGGAAGUCCACCAUCCAUUUUCACGUAGACUGGAACUACAAAUAUGUAAAAUCUCUCAGCAGUUUUGACUCAAAAAUUACCGGAGAGCUAGCUUCCAGUGAAGACAUUAUUACUGAGAACGAGCUGCUCUCUAAGAUCCAUGCCUCAUUCCUAGGUCAAAUUAGAGAUGCUGAGGAGGAUAAAUCUCAAGCUGAUGAUCUGUACUCUGACUUCAAAGAGACUGAGGCUGACCCGACCAAAUUAAUAGAGUUCUCAGAAUACUACAAGCUUCUUAAAACACAAGUGACCAACUUUAUCCAAAAGAAGUUUCACGGGAAGCUAGAGUCAGAAUCGGCCAAGGAAGACAAGAACUCUGAGGAAUCUCCACGCAUCAAGGAUUCCAAGAGACGCCAAGCUGAUGAAGAUAAGUCACUGGAAAGGCAAAUUUCUCAUGAGAAAAGGUUUCCAACUCCUCCAAAGCAUAACAGGAGCCAUCAUACCAGAGAAAGGAGGAACUAUAGUCGAGACAGGAGGAGCCAUAGCAAGGAUAGACAUCAUCUCAAGAAGAGGGACCGUAAAGAAAGGUAUAAAAGAGAUGACAGAGAUUAUGACUCUAGAAGACUUGAUAGAAGACACACCCGCCAUCGAAGAGAAGACAGAUCAAGCAGAGAUGACGCCAAAAGAAGGGAUGACAGAAGCAGCAGAGAUAGAAGGGAUAGAAGAGAUAACAGAAGAGAUGGUAGAAGAGAGGACAAGAGAGACGACAGGAGAGAUGAAAGGAGAGAUGACAGGAGAGAUGACAGGAGAGACGAUAGAAGAGAAGACAGGAGAAAUAAAAAGAGAGAUGAUAGAACAAGGGAAGAAAAUAGAGCAAAACUUCAGCAUAAUGAUAGAGAUCUGAAUAAGUCUCAUAGAAAAAGGUCAGGAAGUGGAUCCAAAGAUGUUAAAAUGAGUAUUAACAAUAAUAGUUCCGACAAGGUGAAAGAAACGAUACAAAAUAAUCACAUCAGGAAACCUUCUCCAGAGGUUCAAAGCCCAAAACACUCAUCUCCAAAGGGUUCUCCUGUGCGCAAGCCUAUCUGAUUACCCAACCGCUCUUUCAAUAAAGAUGAACCAAAUUCCGCCAACCCUCAAAAACAAAGAGUAUCAGUCCUUCAAAGAUUUAAGAAGAGAAGUGAACUCCCUCAGAACUAAGC